GGGCGGAACGUCGAAUAGCCACGCCCAACGUUGCCCUUUCAGCACGACGCCAAUUGCAUUCUCCCCCAUGCAAACCGUCUAGCCAGGCACGUGAUGCCUCCUCGGAUUCCCUGCAGAGCGCACCGGGCCGCCUGCCCCACACCCGCCGUGCGCUAUGGAAUACGGCUGCAGCGGAGACUCGCAUCAACCUCUGCCAGCGCGCCCGACAUAUACGAUGUAGUAUGUGUUGGUGGUGGACCAGCCGGGCUCAGCCUGCUGGCUGGUCUGAAGGCCUCGCCCAUCACAAACGGGCUCAAAGUUGCGCUCAUCGAGGGGCAAGAUUUACAGAAGAACCGCUUGCCCAAAGAUGCGAGUCUGGACAGCUUCUCCAACAGGUGCAGCUCCCUGACACCGGCGUCUAUGAGGAACCUUCAAGAAAUUGGCGCAUGGCGACACGCGAAUGCCGCGCGCAUCCAGCCUUACCAGGAGAUGCAGGUCUGGGACGGCGUCUCUGAUGCCCGCAUAUCCUUCGACUGGGACACGGCGCGGUCCCUCGGCCCUCGCACACCGACCCAGCCCACGACCAUUGCAUACAUGAUUGAGAACGUCAAUACAGUUUCUGCUCUUUUGGGACGAUUGGAAGAGCUGGGCGGCGUGGACAUCUUCGCCUCUACGAAAGUAGACGCAAUCGAGCUUGGGACAGACACAGAGCAGCUCGACCUGUCGUCAUGGCCUGUCCUCUCGCUCUCCAACGGGAAAUCACUGGCAGCCAGACUGCUCGUGGGCGCAGACGGUGCGAACAGCCCGGUGCGUACCUUCGCCGGCAUCCCCUCGCGCGGCUUCGACUACAGCAGACACGGCGUCGUCGCAACGCUCAACCUCUCCUCCCCGGGCUGGGGCGGCCCAGACCACAAGAUCGCGUACCAGCGCUUCCUCCCCAGUGGCCCCAUCGCCAUGCUCCCUAUGCCCGGCAACUUCGCCACCCUCGUCUGGAGCACCACCCCCGAGCGCGCCGCGAAGCUCAAGUCCCUCUCCCCCGCCGACUUCACCGCCAUGGUGAACGCCGGCUUCCGCCUCUCCCCCACCGACCUAGAGUACCUGCAUACCCUGCCCUCAGGCCAAGCCGAGGAAAUUGCCUGGCGCGAGAAGCACACCCCCACCAACGAGCGCGGCCUUCCCGUCCGCGUCACUGACGUCCAGGGAGGCAGCGUCGCCUCCUUUCCGCUCCGCAUGCGCCACGCCGACACGUAUACGGGCGAGCGCGUCGCUCUCGUCGGCGACGCCGCGCACACGAUACACCCGCUCGCCGGCCAGGGGCUCAACCAGGGCCAGGGUGACGCGGCCGCGCUGGUGCGGACUAUCUCGCAUGCGGUGCAGUCGGGGCAGGACAUCGGCAGCACGCUUGCGCUGGAGAGUUACAACGAAGCAAGGUAUGCGGAGAACAACGCCAUGCUGGGCGUGUGCGAUAAGCUGCAUCGGCUGUACAGCGUCGAGUCGGGGCCGGUUGUGGGACUGCGGAGCUUGGGGUUGCGGGCUGUGAAUGCGAUGGGCCCGUUGAAGGGGUUCUUCAUGAGUAGGGCGGCGGGCGGGGUGUAGAUCUAUAUCCUGUAACUAUAACUGUACACGUAGACUGGUUGUAGACUGGCAAUGUACGUGCAAAUUCAUCUGC